AUGGAAUCGGUGCGGAAGGCGAACCAGAGAUUGCGCAACUAUCCGGUGCUGUUGGCCAAGUGUUCGGUGGCGGCCGCCGCGUACGCCACGUGUGUAACCACGGAUUUGAACGUGGCCCAUCGGGUGUGCGAGAAGGAGUUUCAGCAGUUUCAGCUGUGUUUGCAGAAGGCCGCCCGGGAAAUGGGCACGAAGCUGUGAAAUUGUUUUGUGGACAAUGCGUUUUAGUGAAUAGUGAACGAUAUUUAGACUAACAGUUUCGGUGGGGAAAACGAAAGGAAGCAAUCUACUAACAACUUAUCAUUGUAAUAAACUUAAAUAUGUAAGUAUCUUCA